GACGAUAAGUCGAUCCUAUUAUAUUAAUGAAAGUAAAACCAGGGGGAGUGUGUACGGAUAAAUACAAAAUAACAAAUUAGUUUGAAACAAAAAAUAGAGCUUAAUUACAAGUAAAAUGUAAUAAAACUAAUUAAUUAGUGAUUUGAAGCACGUGGUGGAUUUAUCUCAACGGAAUGCUUCUUAUGAUAGCUUGAUAUAAUGAAGUAAAAGAAGGAUAGCUGUUUUAUAACAAUUUGUAAAACAAACAAACAGACUACUUAUUUUAUAUAUUGAAUCACUGCAUAUUUGUUGCAACGAUGCAAGACGGAGCCAACAUGAGCGAGGUGAAUUUAGAAAACAAACCGGAGGUUGAAAUUAAGACACCUAGUGCGGCUAGUCCAUCUCCCAAUGAUGUGGCAGGCGGGACAGAACCAGCACCAAAACAAGAAUUAUGGUUCAAGAUGCGCGGGAAAGUACAGGCAGGGGUUCGGGCGGCUAGAUCGGUAGUUCCCGUCGGUGCAGGAACCGAACUAAAGGAACUUUUCCUAAUAGCAUGGCCAGUUAUCCUCAGUCAGCUACUAACAUACACAGUUAUUUUGACGAGUCUUAUAUUUGCUGGGAGAGUGCUCGGAAAAGAACCUCUGGAUGGAGUUUCAAUGGCAUCAACGUUUAUCAAUCUUACUGGUGUUACGGUUGGGUUUGGCUUAAGCUUUGGCCUCGACACGUUGUUAUCUCAGACAUAUGGCAGCGCCAACAAAAAGCGAGUUGGCGUUAUUAUCCAGAGAGGGACGAUUAUCAUCAUGCUGUUCUGCUUCCCUUGUUGGGCCCUUUACUGUAACACUGAGUCAAUCAUGAAGGUUGUCGGCCUUGAUACCGAAGUGGCUGAGUAUGCUGCCAAAUAUUGUCUCUGGUUCAUUCCCGGAUUACCAGGGAUGAUCUUACUUCAGAUAAUCAACAAAUACCUCCAGAAUCAGAACCUUGUGAUGCCUCCACUGUGGAUAGGGUUAGCCAUGAAUGUGGUGAACAUAGUCCUACAUUGUAUAUUUAUCCUAGGCAUAAAAAUGAGCGUUGAUGGAGCAGCUAUUUCUAUAGGCUUGUCAUUCUGGAUAGCAUGCUUAAUGACUGUGGGCUACAUCAAGUUCUAUAAACUCCAUGAAGAAACAUGGGGAGGUUGGUCGGUAGAAUGUCUCCAAGAAUGGGGAGUGUUUUUCUACCUCGCACUUCCCGGUCUUGCAAUGAUGGGAAUUGAGUUCUGGAACUACGAACUUGGGACAUUUCUAUCGGGUAUUCUGCCAGAUGGAAAGGACGAACUUGCCGCCUCAUUCAUUACCCCUAUAGGACUUGCAGUUGCCGCUAGUAUCAGAGUGGGCCAGGCUUUGGGGGCUGGCGAGCACCGAGCAGCAUCAGUAACGACGCGUGUCUCCCUAUUCUUAGGACUUUGUAUCGUUCUAUUAAUUGGUAUAUUGUACAGUACCCUGCGAUAUGUCAUACCAGGAGCCUUUACUCCAGUAGCGAAGAUUCGAGAUCGUGCUGCUCAAAUUAUUCUCCAGCUAGCGUUGUCGCAAUGCUUUGACGGCAUGCAGCAAGUAUGUGGAGGCAUUCUCAGAGGGUGCGGCCGACAGACACUGGGCGCAUGCGUCAACUUUAUAGGGUUCUAUAUCAUUGGAAUGCCAGUUGGACUUCCUCUUAUGUUCAAAACAAAGCUUGGAAUCGCGGGUCAUUGGUGGGGAAAUGUUCUGGCUUCCGCAUUCCAAGCAAUAGUGUUCAACAUUGUCAUUUACAAAACUGAUUGGAAAAAGUUUUCGGAUUCGGCACAAGUUAGAGCUGGUGUGAAGUUUGAUGAAAAGAAAGUGAGACCAGAUGACGAAGGUGAAGCAACAGAAGAGAAGAAAGAAGAGCCGGUUAAAGAUGACAAGUUGAACGAAAAGGGCAUGGUGGCAAACGGUAUAUCAGGAAAGAUAGAAGACGAUGGUACGUACUUCGCUAUGGAGCUUGAGGAAGAGAAACCCAGCCUAAUCACUCUUGAUACUCUUUCCACCAAGCAAUUAAUUCUUUAUCGUGGAGGGGCUGUUGCAGCCGCUUUCCUCAUUCUCAUCAUCGGAAUCAUAUUGUCCGUCACUAUCAAGGUCCAAGGUCGACCCCCUGCCUGCCAACAGGACGACUUGUCAUGUAAUGGCUGUACACUUACAUCCGAAAGUGUUAAGUGUAUGGAGUGUAACCUAUUGGCAGAUGUUGAUGUCGACUCUGGGUAUUAUUACGCCGGUCACCAAUUUGCAAAGUAUUACUCAAAGUGGCACUCUUUGGACGACAACCAUAUUAAUUACCAUGACAACGGAUUACAAGGAGAGAGUUAUGAUUGGCUACCGGAUUUACCUGAUUUUUCAUGCGGGAAUUGCGUCAAGCAAACGGUUGCGACAACAUCCGGUCAAAACCGGAAGUCAAGUUUAACAUUAGACUGUGGAACAUGCGCAACUGUUAGAAAUGGAAUGGGAAACGCAUGUAAUGUAACAUUGAAAAGUGAAAGCUGCAGAGCUAGCAAAAUACUAAACGGAGUCUGUGGUGGAUUCUCAUUUUUGAUUUGAAGCGUGUAAUAGUUUGAUAAAUAAAGAUCCAAAUUGGUCACCGGGAUUUGAUAAAGGGCAUAACACAAUUUGGAUGU